CUCAAUUGUUUUGCCGUGACUUAUUGAAAUUUAUUAGUUUACUUUAAACUUACAAUUUUUAACCUUAUUAUUUUCUAUUUUUUAAAAAACAUAAAAAAUUAAAAACUGAAGAAACAAAAUUCAUUCGACAACCACAAAAAUUUCGUAGCCUUAUCCCUCCUUUCCAUCUCCUCCGUGGAAAAUCUUUCAGCCCCCAACCUUACUCAAACGGAUCCCAUCGCCGUCCACCACAAGUCUCAAACGGAUCAUCGGCAACAAGCUGCCAUUUGUGAAUUCGGACUAUAGCCUAAUCUUCCAGGAAACUAUUAUCCCAAAACUAGUGUCGCCGCCAUUAACAACCAGAACACAUCAUCCCAAUCUCAAUCCAAAACCCUCCGAUCUACAUCGACUCUGACCAAAUCAACAAAUUAUCGGCCGACAACCAGUGUUUCAACAUCAACUUGCCGUACCCAACUCCCUUCAGAAACCAGUCAUCGCCGACGGUGGACAAACCCCACCUGGGUACCCGUGGGUCGUGCGCUCAUGGAGAAAGGAAGAGCACCAUCUACUCUACGUCUCUACCUGAGUCAUCCAUAAAAAAUCGCGAACUUAAAAACUAAAUCCGCGCUCUACAGAAACAAAAUUCGCGAUUUUUUUGCGUUUCCUUUGAAAUCCGCGUUUCGCCGCUCUAGAGCGGGAGCUUGAGGGUGGAGAUGGCGAAUCAUGUGACCUAAAUAAGAACCAAAUAUUUUAAUUGGGCUUAGUUAUAAAAGCCCAAAGUGAUAGAACAAGAUUUAUGUGUGUUUGCUAAUUAAGAGGUAGGAGAGAUCGAAAUCCCCUAACUACCAAUCGACGACAUAUAAUCGAAUUUUAAAUCAUAUCGACAGAUCUAUAUAUUCGAAAUCAUACUCUAUAAAUCGAUUAAUGAGAUGCAUCCAGAUAAUCCUUUGAAGACUUGAAGUUUGUCAAUCAUUCAUGGGUAAUUAUGUUGAACCCAUCUUCUACUCAAAUACAAAUAUUAUGCUUCACUUUAAGAUAAAAAUGAUGAAUUUUCCAAAUUACAUGUAUGGUAUACAUACAUAAUCUAAAAUCUCAACUUUCAAACGAGUCGCAAUUUCUUACUCCAAGAAAAUUAUUCUCUUUUUCUUAUUUUGCUAGUGGUCAAGAUAUGAUUUCACAAAUGAAUCUAGAUCGAAAUUGACGGGCCAAAUUCUUGUAGGAUAAAGUCAAAAUGAAGAAAAGAGGAUUAACUGGAAUGAAACCGUAAUAAAUCUUGUCAUAAACCAGUUGGUCACAAUAGCUCGAGUUGUUGGGAGAAGGUUAUGUUGGAUCUUAUACAAGCCCAUGGAUGAUACUUAACCACUUCCUUACACGCCCCCUCAAACGAAAGCCGACUCAUGGGCUUGAAAUUUGCACAGGCCCGCCAUACCAUGUGCUUGAACGACAACGUUUAAUAUUGGGGGUCGUGGGGACUUAAACAUGUGACCUCGAGUACAAACCAGGCUCUGAUACCAUGUCAUAAACUAGUUGGUCCCAAUAGUUCGAGUUGUUGGGAGAAGGUUAUGCUAGAUCUUAUACAAGCCCAUGUAUGGUACUUAACCACUUCCUUACAAAUCUUACCAUUCAUAACAAAAGCUGAAUUAAAAUCAUUUAACAGUAAGAUUUAGUUUAGUCCAAAUGUUAAUUCGGUCUUUAUUUAGAUUUGUGUGAUACAAAAAUGUUGCUUGCUCGUGUAAAACGAAACGAAGAAGUUUUCUACAAAUUACAGGUCCGGGGACUCUGUGGAAAGAAGGGAGAACACUAGCCAGCAAUGGCCUCAGAAUCCGACUUUGAAGAUCAAGUGAUGAUGCAUUCAUCUAGGUCUUUUAUUUAUUCAGGAAUUUACGAGAGAUCGGUCAAAUCAUGUCAAAAGUUGUCUUCGUGUUAGUAAACACAACUAGCAAUCUUCCAUCUCCCAAGAAGCUUACAUUCAUGUCCAGAAGCAAAUAUGUCGAUUCAAACUCGUCUGCUCUCACAGUUCGACCAAGAUUUCACUCCAAUAAUGAGUUGAUCACCAAUUUGAAAUCUCGACGAUCGAUACUUGAAGCUCGAUAGAACUCUAGCAUUGUAGUAAACAUAUCAUCUAUGUUAUUCAACAUUUUCUCUGCAUCAUCAAAAAUAACUUUUCAUUCCACUUUCUUCACGAAUGGAUGUAGGACAGAUAUUUGAAACUCAUCCAGUGAUUCAUCAACAUCCAGCUAGUUCGGGCCUCCACUUAGUUUCACCCAAACUUCGUCUAUUCAUCCUCAUCAUACUUGAUCUUGCUCAAGUUACCUGAAUUAUAACUCGUGUACAUCUAAUGUUUUGAAUCUUUUUUUUUUAAGAUAAGGGUGAUAUAUGUUACUUUUUUGUUAUUAGGUACUACUGAAGGGACUCGAACCUGAGACCUCCAGAUUCAUGGCUAGUGGUAUUACCACUAGACCAAUCCCUUGUUCGUAAUGUUUUGAAUCUUUAUUCGGAACUCUGGCAUCGGAAUAAUGUUUUGAAUCUUUAUUCCGAUGCCAGAGGUCCGAAUUCAAUUUUCAGAUUGCUUCACUUGUGUGUACGUCAACCAUAUGUGAUCCAUAUGUAACUUCCGGCUUCAUAUGUAAAGUGUUAGUGUUGUGAUAUAUGAUCCACGAUUGAACCUCUCUCAACAACUCGAGUUAUUGGGAUCAAUUGGUUCUUGACAUGGUAUCAGAGCCUUCUGUGACCGAGAGGUCUUGUGUUCGAUUCCCGGUGACCCCCAUUUGUUAAGCACAUGGUAUUCUUGUCUUCAGACCUGUGCAAACUUCAAGCCCUUCUGAGUGGCUUUCGUUUGAGGGGGUGUGUUAGUGUUGUGGUAUAUGAUCCACGAUUGAACCUCUCUCAACAACUCGAAUUAUUGGGAUCAAUUGGUUCUUGACAUAAAGAUCGUAAACUACUAAACUUCCAAGUUUGAAUGAGUCUCCUCUCCACGGUCACGGAGUCCCUGCCCUAGGCUUCAUAUGGGUCAUGGGCUCAAAUAUAAACACCACUGAUUCCCUUCUCUUUCGGUAAGCUUUACUGUCACUGAAAAGUCAAAACAAGAUAACGUUAAAUAUUCUCAUGAAACUGCCGAUCGAGAAAAAAGAAGCAAAGUUAAGCGGACCAAUAUAAUAAUUUUUACUUUCUGCACAAAGGCACAAUUCAGACGAAGAUUCAUCUUAUGAUAGAGUAUAACUCCCAUGGCUUGGGUUAAACUAUAUGUUUGUGGCAUGAACCGGUAAAUUGUGUCUUCAUAGUGGCAAGACUGUUCUCCAUGUUUGGUUAGAGGAGUGUCUUCUGUCCGAUGGAUGUUUUCGGUCGACCACUUCAAUCAUGUGAUUAAUCGCGUCGGUGAUGUUAUGUGGAGUAACAUAUGUUGAUAUGAACCAAUCGACCUCGUGAUAUGAAAUGCCAAAUUGACUUAGAUUAACUGCAAACGAUAGCAAAGACGCAAAGUGGUUGUCAAGUCUUUGUCAUUUUCUAACUUGGUUUGUUUCCAUCGACCUAACAAAAAACGAAGUCAUGAUCACCAAAUGAAUCGAACCAAAUUAUUUGAUAGAUUCGACGAUUAUAUCAUCAAAUAUAUGAUCCUAAGGCAUUGUUUUCAUGAAAACUUUGCAAAUUUUGAAGUUGGAUGUAUAAAAUAAUAUAUAAGCCCGAAAAACUAACUUAAACCAAAAACUAUACAAAUUCCUCGUCGGUCUUCAUUUCGUCCUGCCCUAUCGCCAUUCCUACUUGCAGCUCUCUCACUCCCACGUCACCAAUUGUUUCUUGGAUCGCAAGAGUACACGCCACACCAUGUCACUUCCACAGUCACAAAACACAGCUUCAUGAUACUCUACCCGUCGUUUGACUCUGAGUCAGAUUGCCAUUCUACAGUAAACCCCCAAAACAACCAUGAACCAUCUGCCACUCCUCGAGUCUUAAACUAAAUUGACGACAAAACCUUGUACGAUGAUGUGAACAAACACAGAACAGAAAGAAAAAUAUCAGCAAACUUUCACCAGAUGUUAGCAUCAUAUCCUUCAAUUUCUCCUGGCUCCACCCUCCAUAAUUGAAACCUUCCCCAACCAACUUCCAAUUUUCUCAACUGCGUCACCUACCAAUCAUUAAGUACUAAAAUCCAUGGCAGCAGCUUCCAUUUGAUCUCUGCUUAAACAAAACAAAAAAACAAAGAAAAACCAUGAACAACCCAUCAUUCCUCCUUCAGUUUCUUCCCCUGCUUCUCCUUCACCUUCUCCUUCUCCCCUGUUUUUCGUUUUCAAUCGAGGCGGACACCCUAAAGCCCAACAAUCCCCUCCGAGACGGCGACGUUUUGGUCUCCGGCCGCCAAACCUUCUCCCUCGGCUUCUUCUCCCCCAAGAACUCCAUCCGCCGGUACAUCGGAAUAUGGUACCACAACGUUUCGGAGCAAACCGUCGUCUGGGUCGCGAACAGAGACGCUCCUCUCAACGACACUUCCGGUUUACUCUCCCUCGAUUCCCGCGGCAAUUUCGGUAUAUACGCUGCAAAUGGAACUUCACUCGUCUGGUCGGCAAAACUCCCAGCUGGGAAUUUCGCCGCUCGGCUUCUGGAUUCGGGGAAUUUGGUGGUGGUACAAGAAGAGACGGAAAGGGUAUUGUGGCAGAGCUUCGAUUACCCGACGGAUACUCUGCUUCCGUAUAUGAAAUUGGGGUCGAACCGGACUAUCGGUUUGAAUUGGUCACUUACCUCGUGGAAGUCGGAAGACGACCCCGGGUCGGGUACCGUCUCGUACCGGAUCGACCCGACGGGUUACCCGCAGCUGUUCCUGUACAGGAACGGCUCGGUCCCUGCGUGGCGGGGCGGACCGUGGACGGGUACUCGAUGGAGCGGGGUCCCCGAGAUGACUAAGAACUUCAUCUUCAAUGUCAGCUUCGAGAACGACGGCGACGACGACGUGUUCGUGACGUACGGGGUGGUGUCGAACAUGUCGAUUGCGACGAGGAUGAUGGUGGACGAGUCGGGGCUCGUGAGGCGGUCCACUUGGAACGGGCGCGACGGCAGGUGGGUCGAGUUCUGGUCCGCCCCGAAGGAACAGUGCGACAACUACCAGCUGUGCGGGCCCAACAGCAACUGCGACCCGUACCAGGCGGACACUUUCUACUGCAAGUGCCUCCCCGGGUACGAGCCCAAGUCGCCCCGGGAGUGGUUCCUGAGGGACGGUUCGGGCGGCUGCGUGAGCCGGGCGGGGGCUUCCACGUGCAGGAGCGGGGAAGGGUUCGUGAAGGUGGCACGCGUGAAGGUGCCCGACACGAAGUUGGCACGUGCCGAGAUGGGGUUGGGGUUGAAAGCGUGCGAGGAAGGGUGUUUGAGUAAUUGCACGUGCCAGGCUUACACGAGCGCGGACGAAAACGGGACUGGGUGCUUGAGAUGGUUCGGUGACUUGGUGGACACACGAACGUAUACCAAUGGUGGCCAGGACAUUUAUGUUCGUGUCAAUUCCAGUGUGUUAGCUUCUUACAACGAGAAGUCCAGAGGGCCCUUUCAUAAUCCAGGAAUGCAAGCCGUCCUAAUUGUUUCAGUUCUACUAGCUCUCUUCCUGGUCAUUUUUCUAGCAUUUUGCCUGAUAAGGAGGUAUAGGAAAGCAGCUCGAGACAGACUGGACAAACUUUCCUUCUUUUUCGACACAACUAACCCAGAAGGAUCCAUAACUGAAAAGGAUAGCAGAAGAGGAAAUAUGGAUUUGCCCUUCUUCCAUCUCAGUGAGAUUGCUGCCGCCACAGAUAAUUUCUCCGAAGCAAACAAGCUAGGAGAAGGUGGAUUCGGCUCUGUCUACAAGGGCACAUACAAAGAAAAUGAAAUUGCAGUUAAGAGGUUGUCCAAGUACUCAGGACAAGGAGCAGAAGAAUUCAAGAACGAGGUCGAGCUCAUUGCAAAACUCCAACACAAGAAUCUUGUAAGGAUUCUAGGUUGUUGCGUGCAAGGACACGAGAAGAUGUUGGUCUAUGAAUAUUUGCCUAACAAAAGCUUGGACUUCUUCAUUUUUGAUGAUGAAAAGAGGGCAUUGUUAGACUGGGCGGUUCGGUACAACAUUAUAUGUGGCAUAGCUCGGGGAAUCUUGUACCUGCAUGAAGAUUCAAGACUGAGAAUCAUACACAGAGACUUAAAGGCCAGUAACGUCCUAUUGGAUGCUUCGAUGAAUCCGAAGAUUUCUGAUUUCGGCAUGGCGCGAAUAUUUGGAGUCGACCAAGACCAGGCCAACACAAACCGCGUGGUUGGCACAUAUGGCUAUAUGUCGCCCGAGUAUGCAAUGCAAGGAAUGUUCUCUGUAAAGUCAGAUGUAUACAGUUUCGGCGUCUUGCUACUGGAGACCAUCACGGGCAAAAAGAACAGCAAUUACUACGAAGAAACGACAUCCGCAAGUCUGGUCGGAUAUACUUGGGAGCUGUGGAAGCAAGGCAGGGAACUGGAGAUGGUCGACCCGUUACUGGGCGAAUCGUACCCCGACCAAGACGUGCUGAGGUGCGUCCAAAUCGGGCUGCUUUGCGUCCAGGAAUCGGCCGCCGACCGGCCCAACAUGUUCGACGUCGUGUUCAUGUUGUGCAACAUCGAGACGGCUCAGGCGCCGCCGACGCCGAGCAAACCGGCGUUCAUAUUGAAGCGAGGGUACAACAGUUUGGAGCCGUCGACGAGUUCGAAUGGCGCCAGCUCCGUCAAUGACGUUACCGUCACUGUGCUUGAAGCUCGGUAGAGAAACAGCACGACGUCGUUGUGGUUGGCUGGAGAUAUAAUUCAUAUUUGAGAAUUGAAUUAGGAUCUGAGGGCCGUCCACCAUAAGUUAGUGUGGACCUGCAGAUGAUGAUUAGUAACGUGAUCAGGAUGUGUAUGAGGUUGGGUAUGAUUUUUAAUUGAGUGAGAAGCAAGCAAUUAAUGUAACUAUACAAAUUAUUUGAGAAAUUAUAUCCAAUGUAUAUAGUUGGAAAUGUUAAUACUACAAUGCCAUGACAGUUGGGUGCUUCCUGUAUACAAAUGAUGUUACAAUUAAUGGAAGGCAAUUGCUAAUAUAAUGUGUGUUAGUUGCAUUUCUAAAAACAUUUGUUCAUUCCUCCGGAGCAAAGCGACAUUUGACAUAUAAAAGAAAGAAAACAAUCUUAAACUAUCCCACCAAUCUCGACUAAAAGCUCGAAUUGUGCAAUCAAUCAUAAUGGAUGAUUGUUUCUGUUACAUCAAGUAAACAAUACAUGUAUUCUUUAUGGAUGGAAAUCAAAAAAAAUAAUGAAUUGUAAAACAAUAU